UUUCCCCUUAGCUUCCUAAUCGAAACCUAACUUCGGUGUCUUAAUAGCCCUGUAGUGGGGUGCACCGCCUGCAAGUGGAAAUUUCCCUGCAGACGUUUGUUAACUGUUUCACCGUUUGUUGCCUAACCUAGCUUCGACAUUUUCUCCUGGUGCCUUCAAACAAAGUGGAGUCAUCCAAUGGAACAGCUGCUGCAGUUGCUGUGAGAUGAUGUACUCGAACAGGUCUGAGCACAGUCACAGGCGACAGUAUGGUGACAGAGGUUCAAGGCAGCGGGAUGACUAUGAUGACCGAUGGGAAGAAAGGCGGGAAACUUACAGAGAUUUACCACAGGAUCCCUAUCAUAAAUAUGGUGCGGAUGGACAUAGCAAUACAGAGAGAACAAACAGAAGUAGAGAGUACAGUGACUCACCCAAGAGGCUGUACAGUAAAGAUUCAGUGAGUAAAGACUGGAGCAGAAAGAGCCCAGUGAGAAGACGCAUGUCUUCACCUGACUGGGGUGCUGCUGAAAAGAAAAGGCGAAGGUAUACAGAGGAUAAUGAAGAUGACUACAGAUACAGGCGUGAGCCAGAGGACAAAACAUUCAGGCAGUCACCAGACAGCUUUUCACGUUUGCACCUACCCAAGGAUUUUAAACAUACACUACCACAGGAAGAGGAUUUCAAAUACAGGAAAACAUCUCAAGACUCCAGACACAGGCAUAGACAUGAGGAGUUCACUUACAGGCCACAACAUGAUGACUACAGGCUAUCGUCUGGAUAUUACAGAGAUAGAGGUCGUCACGAAAGGAGCUGGGACGAUUCAGAAGAGAGGACACGAUCACAAGAGUGCUCUACAAAGAGUUUUGGCAAACCUAGAGAGAGGGAUGACAGCCCUUUCACAGAUCAUGAGGAUCAUCAUCAAAAUAGAACAAGGUUUCCAUUGAAUGAAUCCAGUAGACAGGCUUUUGAGAGUGAUGUCACCAACCAAAGUCCUACUGUUCCUGAGCAGAAAUCAACCAAGGGUUUCCAGCGUUUCCUCGAUGUGCUCAACAAAGGGUGUGAAUGUUGCCAUGCUCACCAAGAUAGUGACUCAGACCUCUCCAGAAAUUGUUGAUCGAGCACAUUCUCCAGUGUCUUUCAUGAAAACUGCAGAUCAUCUGUGGUCUUCCACUUCUGCUGGGAAGCAACAAGGAAGCCACCAAAAUAACUGCCACUGGAAUGAAAGUGAAGGAUCCCAUAGACUGGCCUCUCCACAAUCUCAUUACAGGUCCUUCAGCCCAAAGCCAUGCUCUCUGUCUGACGAGAAGCCUCUGCACAGGAGUGACGGAGGACAAAGCUACUACAGUUUGACCAGCAGAUCAAAGUCUCCAUCAGCAGUGGGAAAAAUAAGCCUGACACCUGAAGAUGAGCACAAACACAGACAAAUGCAAGAUGUCCUGCAGGCCAUCGGCAUGGAUUUGGGAUCUGAGGAACUGGGACAGAUGUCACAUCGAAUCCAGGAGCGGUUAUAUGGAAAGAAGGAUUGUGACUGGGGCCGCCAUCGUAGAGGAAGUAGGGAAAGGGACGCAAGGCAAGCAUCUUCUCCAAGACAUCGAAGUAGAUCAUCAUCAUCAAGCAGAUCUCAUUUCAGCUCUUUGACUCGGGACACUCAGAUGAAAAAAGACUCUCAUAGUGCUCAGAGAGAUGUACCAGAGGUACAUCAGGUUGUUGAAUAUGGCCAGAAUGACAGCAGCAGUUCUUUACAGGACAGCGAAAACUGUGAAACUAACUCCCAGAAAAGCACUGCUGCAUUACAAACAUUUUCUACAAAUACCACAUACAGUCUAUCAGAAGCACCUCUUACAGCCCUGAUGCCAACAUACUCCCCAGUUAACUGUUCACCGCUCCCAUACCCAGCUCUACCUCCAGCUCUGGCUCCUACCUUGCCCCAUGUUGGACCCAGGCUUUUCUUGCCUCGCCUACCUCCCUUCCUCCCUUACCCACAUAUCCCACCUCUAAACAUCUUUCCAGCAGUUCUUGCUCAGAGCAGGCAUGUACUCCCACCACACAUUAGUAAUCCUCAGUCACCCUUUCUUAACCUGCCAGACAUAAAUCCAGUUCAGCCACUGAAUACAACACAAAAAUCCAAAACACUGUCAAGGCCCAGAUGUUUGCAGGUCAUUGAAACCAAACAACCUGGAUGAAGACAGAUGUGCAGGGUGAUAAUCUGACUUUAAAACUGACUGACACAGUUGAACAGUUAUCUUUUGCCUUUGGAGAAAGUAGAAGAUAUUCAUAGAGCAACACUAUGUGUAAGCAACACAAAUUAAUGCCAAAAAUGAUGAAAACAAGAUAAUGAAACAGCAGUUGAAGUGAAUUGACAAAGCCUCUUGGUGGUGUUGGAGCUGUGUCCAUCGCCCAGUUUGUUCUUGUACCCAUAGUACAAUGUCAUGCUAAAGAAAAAGACUGAAUUUUGUAUUUUCCAAAAAGUUUGUAUUCCUAAUUCUGUUAUUUAAAAUCAUUUUAAACCAUAUGAUUUGAUAUGUUUGAAUUUUUGUUGAAAUUAUAUUUGUCUGCAUAUAUCUUGCUGUGGGACACAGCCUUUCCCUUCAUAAAUUACACCAUAGCCUAAUGUUCAGUUUUCCAUGAGAUUUGGACAACCCAUGACUACAAAAUGUGCUUUACACCUAAGCUUGUCAGCUCAGAAAACUGUUGAAUAUCUGAAGUGCAUAAUAAAUACAACAAUUCUAAGUAAA